UGUUGACUGGUCCAGCAUGACAGAAGAAAGUUGGUGAGGGAACAGUGAAGAAGUGGUGCUCAUCGAAUAAUGUUGGAAUAUGUACGAUCAGGACUUAUGAACAAACUAUAAACACACAGGAUAUGUUAGACAGAGCGCGGAGGACAUAUAGACAAACUUUAGAAGCAAUGCCUUGGUUUCUAUCGAGGCUUUGCCUCUAUUUAAUCGUUCUCAGCCUACAAGCGAUAGAGGAAGGUAGUACUAGUAGUGGAGACACUAUGAAUGUGAAAGUCUUCUGGAAUGCAACAAAUCCAAUAUUCCAGACUAGUAACAAUGAUCAUGUGAUAGAAGUAAGGAUCAAUGAUGUAGUGGACUUUCAUUGCCCUAAAUACACUUCCACCAUUACAGAUCCAAAUGAUGCAUAUUAUGUGAUUUAUCAAGUUUCCAAAAAAGAAUAUGAUGAGUGUAAAUUAUUUGAAAAUGAACCCCGCCGUAUAGAAAUUAUCAACUGCAGCAGGCCUGCUAGGACAGAUCUUUUCACACUGUUAAUACUACCGCAUACUGGCAUCCCUGGCUCCUUAGAGUUUAACGAGGGAAUGACUUAUUAUUAUAUCACCACAUCUACCGGGAAUUUGACCGGCAUAAAUAACCGCAGGCAAGGGGCUUGUCGGGAGAAAAACAUGAAAAUCAUGUUAAAAGUUUGCUGUGAUUCAUCUACAAGGUCUCCCCACUGUACCAACACACAACAGUAUCGCAAAUGUCCAAUCACAACUUCCACCCAGAGUGUUAGUACAACAACAACGCCAACGACAACAUCGUCAACCACACCCACCACAACUACAACAACUUUGGGGACCACAAAACACAAAUUCACCACUACAAGUUCUCAAGGAACAACCCAUUUCAAGAGUACGAAAGACUCCCACACUUCCAUCAACAGUAGCAAAUACAGUACAGAACAUUCAGUGUGGCUAUUAUGCAUCUCUUUGCUAAUAUCAGCCUGCUUUCACAGACAUUAUUUAAACUCAAGAUAGCACUAGUUUCACAGCCAAGGCUGUGAGUCAACAGUGGAAUGGACCCCCUUUGUUCAAGUGUCAAACCAAUUUUUCAGUAUGUUUUAGUCCCAUCAUUGUUGAGUGUGGAGAACUUACAACAAACUGUGGUUAAAAAGAAAAAUACCUAGGUUACCUGUAAAAGCACAGACACACAGGGCCAUGGUACUUUAAUAACAUAUGCAGUGAGGCAGAGAUGAAAUAUGGAAGUGGCAACCAGAGAUUUAGCUGAGAACAAAUCCCUGUAAUCGCUGCCAAAGAACACCCAAGUUUAAGAAAGACUUAAAUGUUGAGUGAAUGAGUCUUUUACUUAAAGGUGUGGUCAUUCCUUCCUGCACUGACCAUUUUCCAAUCUGGACUUUCAUGGUCAUUUGAAAAAGAGAUAAGAAGCCAGAUUUUUUGACAUAAAAAUUAUGGAAAUGUGAUAUCAUUGCACUGCAGUUAAUCACUCAACUUGACUAGCAUUCAGCGCAGAACUUUUUAGCAUGGUUAUUGAUCGAUGUACAUAUGCUGUGUAGUCAAGUGUGGAUCAUGUUCUAAAUGAAGCGGAACAGUUGGAUGACUGGGCAGUAUCUUCCUUCUGUAACUUUACUUUCCACCACAAGCAUCCAUGACACAGUUGCCAUAACUUCUGCACUUUUGCAGGCAUUAGUGCUAGCAUAAUUAUUUAUAUAUAUAUAUAUAUUUACCAGGGUUAUGGACAGGGGAGGGAGGAUCUUGUAAGAGCACAUUGGGGGGAGGGGAGGGGAAGUGUUUGAAGAGUUCAUGAUUUUGUGGGACGGGAGGGUGGGCAUGGAGAAUUAUCCUUGAGUAGAUAUGGUAUUGCGUUGUGUAUACUUUGCUCUUUGUACAUAUUGUUCAAAAAGUGAAUUUUCACUCUAAAUUCUUGUAUUUAAUGAAAAUACAUCAUUGUAAAUGAAACUCCUCCCCUUAGAUUACAGCAAAGGAGUUUGAAUAUUGUUUGUAGGAAUGGCCAAUGUUUUGCAGAUCGUGUAGUUAGCAAGGGGGUUGGGCAGGAGGUAUGUAGAUGUGUACAGAGUAGUGAAUGAAAAAAGGAGAGCAAUUUGAAAGAACGAGUGGCUGAUUUAACAUAAAUGCCACGAGUCAAGAUGAGUGAAGUACGUAUUAAAAAAAAGAAAACAAAACCUGAGAUGACUUGCUCAAUGAUUUAACCAGAAAAUUGUGCAUUAGUAAUGUCUUAUUAACAUAUGUGAAAUAGAAAUGGUUUUAAAAAGUGCACUCAUAAUUAUGCACCACUGUUGAUCAAGUAAUUAUGAAUUGGUUUCAGUGCAAAUUAUAACAUUUGUUUCCAUUUUUUUUUAUACAUGAUCACAGGUUUGCCCCCUUAAUCUUUGUCAGAUCACUCCAAGUUAAAAUAAUAAUUAACCAUGGUAAUUCUAAGCUAUUUUAAUAUUUGCUGCAGAGUAUCUGUUAGAAUCAAGAUUUUGUUUUUUGUGUAAAAUUACCAAUUAAUGUGGUAUGUAGGUUAUAGUAGAUAUUUUGCUUCCUUUUAAUAUCCCAACUCGUCUGCAAUGUUUUGCAGAUAUUUUCACUUUUGAUAUUUUGGUUGUGUGAUGGACACACAUAUCUUGAGUUUAUUAGGUUAUAGAAUAUGUCUAAGUUAUGCUUGUACCCAAACUUUUUUAAUGUUGUUGAGUUGGUUCCAUGUUUCUUGUUUAAAAUCAGCCCCAUGAGUUGCUGAUUGAGAGGAAUAGGACUCGACUUAAACCUGGGUGACAGCAUUUGUUAGGAAUGUCUUCAUUAUAGUAUUAUGAUUAAUCAGUCUCAGAUUGUAAUUACAACUCUUCAUCGAUCAUUCAAUUUUCACAGACUACUGCUUCAUUACAGCAUCAUUUGUAGGUGUUAUCAUAAAUCUAGAAUUUGAAUUUGCCAAAGUGACAGAAAAACUUAUUUUUAAUCUUUGGCGCUUGUGCCGAAUUUUGCCAAAUUCAGGAACAAAAACAUCCUUAAAUUUCUGUUCAUAAAAGUAUGUUGUCAUAGUCGAUUUUGCUAAUAACGUCAUAAUUUACAAUGAGAGGUCAUGAGGCACGAGCGUGAAUGACCGGGCUUGAUGGUUCUUAUACAUUUUUUACAAAAAGCUGUAAAUAUUGCCGAUCUUCACUGUGGUACCACCCAGCUGAUUUAUACUUCGCAUGUAAAACAUAAUAUGGGAAUGGAGGCUUUUUGAACGGGACAGACAUUUUACAAACCCAAAAUGCUCUAGUUUUUGAUUCUAGAUUCUAUGCAACUUUUACAGGCAGUGAUAGAAGCCUCGACUCAUUCAUAAUGUCUAUAGCACAAUAUUUGAAGAAUGCAGUACCAGUGUUUGUGAGCAAGCGUGGAUCUGACAAUGUUGCUUUCACAACUGAGUCUAUUUGCUGAAACCAUGACAAUGUCUUUGUUACUUCUUUACGGCGUGAAUGCAAUGGGUUGUCACUGUUGUGGAAUUAUGCUAUUAAAUACCAUUUAAAAUAGGGCUCUAAUUUGGUACAUUGCCGAGACUUAUGGGUUAUUACUUUAGGCUAGGAAAAACAUGGGAAUACGAUGGUGAGUGGUAGUGACCCAUUUUGCUAUCGGUCUCGCCUUCACUGUAUUUAGUGUCCCGAAUUGCAGCCAUCUUACCUUUCUUGUAGCACAGAGACGUUCACUUGUAUAAGUUCAUUUAUCGGAAAAUUUCGUUUGUAAGAUAUGGAUCAGAAAGUCGAUUUAUUUUAUACAAAAAUGCUUUGUAAAAAUGUUAUAAAACGUGAAGGUGUAUAAAAAGAUGAAAAAGGCUGUUUGAUUAAAGAUUGCUUAAAAUAAACUCUUUUGUUGUGU